AUGGAUACCCCAAUGCUUGACCCAGACUCAGAUGGAGAGUAUGAAUAUGAAUAUGGUUCAGAAACCGAGACCUUCUACAUCAAUCUGGACCUGACCGCCCACCAUGGUGCAGUACGCCCACCACGCCGUCGCCCCGGGGAAAAGGCCAAUAUAGGGCCGCAAAAUUCAACAAACAGGAACAAUCAAGAUCACCAGGACGAUUCUUAUCCCCCGAUUGAGAGUGCUGAGACCGGCAGCGUCCCCAAUGAACGCAUCCAGAUCCUCGACCUCCACACUCACAACCCAAUCAUCUCCUACUACAAUCAACUGUUCAGUUGCUCCUGGGCUGAUCAGAUCGGCACAGAACUAGUAUUUUCCAGCCCCGAUACACCACCUGAAACCGACAACUCCGCUCCGCUGCACCGUGGGGCCUCCUAUGAACUUGUGGCCGCCAACAGUGUGAAGAUUCUUGGUCGCAAGGCACAACUCGCCGCCAGCGCUGAGCCGGAAUUCGCACAGAACGUGAACAAAAAGACCUUCGCGGGACGAGCCGAACCCCUAUCCUCUCAGAACGCUGAAACACUCGCCGUACCCCGUCGUCCGGCAGCGCCAUCCCACCAGGCAUUGUUCCUCCACAAAUUGCAGCAGAUCAAGACCGCCAAGGGAGAGACCGAUGCUGUGCGCACAGUCAUGAGCACACGGCGUCAACCGAAUCUGCCAGAUCUGUCAGAUAGGAUGCAGGGCUGGGCUCGCACUGAGGCGCAGCUUGCUGAGAUCGAUCGACUGAAUGAACGUGCCUCGAGAGGAGAUGUGGAGGCGCAGGCGACUCUUGAGCUACUCAUUCAAGAGCUUAAUCAAGAACCAAAUCCUCUCGAUCUUGACUCUGAGUCCCAGUCUGAUUCCGACCUAGACUCUGAUUUCGACUCCACAUCUGAAAGCGACGAUCUUAUAUCGUGA